AUGAAGAAGAGCUUUGAAAAGCUAGAUAAACUGAGGCAUGGAUCUAUUCGCGAGGAUAUCACCGAUUUAAAACAAAAAAUAGAAGAACAUGAACAAAUUCAUACGAUUUCUAUUAAUGAACUCAAAGCCCAGAAUGAGCAAAUGCGUCAAUCAAUAAAAAGAAACAAAGAAUUGCAAAAUAAAAUAGCCAAGAAACAAGAAAGCAUAUCAAAACUUAAAGCAGAUUUAGCUGCUAGGGAUUUAGUACUAAAAGAAUCGUUUAAAGUUGAAAAUUUGCAUAUAAUUGAUGCUAAAAAGGACUAUUACGAGUUUAAUUUUGCGGACAAAUUUCAAUUCAAAUUAAAAAAGCAUAACGAUAAUAAAACAUAUGAAUAUAUACUUAAAUCGCAGAGUGAAGAAUUACCAAACUACUUCUGCGGCAAUUAUAUAUUCGAUUACUCAAAUCUAUCAAAGUUCUUCAAGAAGUUUGAUUCAAUGUCUGCAUAA